AUGUAAUAUGCAAAUUCAACAUUAACAAAUGGAGAAAAAGUGGCAAUAAAAAAAGUAUUUUAGGAUGCUAGAUAUAAAAAUAGAGAAGCUGAAAUUAUAAAAAUUCUAAACCAUUAAAAUAUCAUAAAAUUAAGAUAUUCUUUUUUGACAAAGGAUGAUGAAAAAGAUGACACCUAUUUAAAUUUAGUUAUGGAUUUUAUACCAGAAACACUUUCGAAAUUGAUAAGAAAUUAUAAAAAAUAAUAAAAAUAAUUACCUGAUUUACACAUAAAAAUUUAUGCUUACUAAAUGUUUAGAGGUUUAGCAUAUUUGAAAGGGUUAGGGAUAUGUCAUAGAGAUAUAAAACCUUAGAAUAUCCUUAUAGAUCCUAAUAGUUUAAUGCUGAAAAUAUGUGAUUUUGGUUCUGCAAAAGUUUUAGUAAAAGGUGAAUAAAAUAUUUCUUAUAUAUGUUCUAGAUACUAUAGAGCACCAGAACUUAUAUUUAAAGCAGAAUAGUAUACUACAUAGGUAGAUUUAUGGUCCAUGGGGUGUGUACUUGUAGAAAUGGUUUUAGGAGAACCAAUAUUCCCUGGAGAUAAUGCUGUUGAUUAAUUGGUUAGAAUAAUUAAAAUUAUAGGAACACCUACAUAAGAAUAAAUUAGGCAUAUGAAUCCUGAAUACAAAGAAUACAAAUUUCCUUAAAUUAGAUGUCAUCCUUGGAGCAAAGUAUUUGAAAAAAUAAAAAAUAUUGAUAAAGAUUUUAUUGAUUUAGUUUCAAGAGUUUUAAUUUACUCUCCAUAAGAAAGGCCCUAACCAUUAGAAGUUUUAUUACAUCCUUAUUUUAAUGAGUUAAGAAAUAAGAAAAUUUAUGAAAAUAAUCCAAAUUUAUAGGAUUUUUUAAUUUUACUAAUGAGGAAAUACUAACUUAACCAAAUAUUAUUCCAAAGUUAAUUCCUUCCUGGUAUUAAUAAAAAUAAUAAUGAUUUUAUUAAAAAUAUUUUUAAUAUAAUUUAUAAUAUUUGUAUCUUGUUUAUUUGA